CUUUCCCUCUAGUAAACAUCAGUCUGUUCUCUGUAUUUACGAGCUUGGUUUUUUUUUUCCUUCCUUUGAAGCAAUAUCUUUUGCCAAAAUGUAAAUACUCCACAAGGGCUAAAUGUAAAGAUCUCAUCGUGAAAACCUUAGAGGGGAUGAGAUUAUCAUGAUACUUUUCACAGACCCAGGAUGGGUAGGCUUUGAAGAGGCAGAGAAAGAGGGGAUGGGUCUGGCUUUUGGGGCCUGGGGCAGGGGUUUUGGGGUGGCAUGCUGUGGUUGGGUAUUCAGGGCAACAUGGGAUUCUCUUGACGGGCACGGGUCGGAGGGGAACUGUAAAUGCUCAGAGCAGAGGUAAGGGAGGGCUUGUAUUUCCUCCAGUAAACAGUUUGCUUUAGGGCCCCGUGCGAUGAAAGGUUGUGUGCAGUCUUCAUGAGCUGGGGCUCCCCAGCCAAGGGAGAGUUAAAGAUCUCCGCUGAGGUUGGAGGUGAGCAAGGAUGAAAGCGACACAAAAGCCAGGGCAAAGCAGGCUAAUUAUCUUCUGCCUUCCCCUCCUGCUGCCCGGCCUGAUAUUUGAGGUGACAUUUAAAGUUAUUGUACAGAUGUGCAGUGGAGCCAUGGCAGAAUGAACACUUUCUGGAACCUGUGGAGAGAUGAAGCUGAUUUCUCUGCCUCCCAGCUGGCAGCUUCUCACGCCCUCCACUUAGGGCCCUCUAGUGGGCCUUGGGAGGUGGGGCCUCCCCUUACCUUCCAGGGGACUCCAGUCUGCUUUGGGACUCAGAAUCUCCCUCCCUACUGGACUCUUAGGGCGUGUGGGGAGAUGGGUACACACUAGAACUCAAGCAGAAGAGUUAAAUGAAGUCAGUGCUGUUUGUAAGAGAGGCGAGCUGGGGACAGACUCGUCUGGGGAGCUCGUUAAAUAUGCAGGCCUCUGGGAGUGAGGCCUAGUUAUCUGCAUGGAUAACAAACCCUCUAAGGUGAUUCUGCUGCCCAUUAAACUUUGAGAGCCUCUGAGGUAGAGAAUGAAUGAGGUUAGCUGGGAAAGGCCUCUUGGGAGAGGUGGACUCGAAUUUCAGCGUGAUAGGUGAUACUCGUCGUAGGCGCUGUCCUCAGGUGUGGACCUAGAGAGCCUGUUCACCUGGGGACACCAGGCUGUCCUAGGAGAGAUUGGUAGGGGUCCUUCCCAUCCCAUGGAUGGUGUCCUGGAGAAUGUGCUGCCGCAGGCUUCCCUUCACCACUAGGGUGCUCAUCGCCAAGGGGACAGAAGUGGUGUGGGAGGUGGCUGAGGAUGGUGUCUGCUGGAGUGUUUGAUUCAUGUUGCAGCUGAAGCACAGCUUGCAGGGCAAAAUGGCAGCCUGAUGGAGCUCACUUCCUGGGGCGGGGUGGGGGGGGAGGAGCGCCAUGUUGGUGGAUUGUCCCCACACUGGUGUGCAGCCGUGCUGCCUCCUGUGUGGCCUUCCCUUGUCCGAUGCCCCAUGUGUCAGAGGAGCUGGCCAGUGCUGCUGUGGGAAUGGUGGUCACUGUCCCAGGAGAUGAGUGGGAAUGAUUUGGGACAUGAUUGGUUCUCUCCUCCCUCCAUGCUGUUUGCCUUCUGCUCCAUAUACUGUGCCUGCUUUAUCUGAUCGGAACACAGUGUUUUCAUGUUGGGGCGGGUGGAGAGAGGGAGAAAGAACAGUGCCAAGUUAAGGAGAAGGAACACUGAAGAGAAGGCAACAUAUCUAUGAUAUGACAUUGAGUAACCAGUGAUCCUGCAAAUGGGCAUCAGGCCUCUGGAAUGGACAGGCUGUUGCUGGCCUGGAGAUGCUGUUUGUCCUUGGGGAAUAUGUCCCUGUAGGCAGCUAGGUAGGCUGGAGGGACCGCACCAAUGGGAAUGGUCAUGCUUGCUUUGACCAGGAAGAAAGAAGCAGCCACUGAGAAGGCAUUGUUUAAGACAAAAUAACAACAACAAAACUUAAUAAAGCUCCGUCCUUUCUAAUUGCACUGCAGCUAAAUGGCGACUCUCAGAGUUUCUUGGAAUGUUUUAUUCAACCACUGGAAGGGUUGCAUUUACACUGCAGCUUAGGCUCUGUGGGGGUUGGAGAAAUGAGCAGUGGUGGGCUGCGGAGCUCUAAGGAGCCCAGCUUGAUCGACUGGAGCUGGUUUUAGUAAAAUUCCCAGCUGAAUAGGUUCAUCCUGGGCCUCACCCAACAGGUAAUACUUACGUUCCUAGGUUCGCAGUUUUGCGGGGGAGAUGCUUACACCCAUACUGUUCUUUAACACAUUUAUUUCCUUUAUCGUUUUGAAAACAAAGCUGUGUGGGAUUGCCCUUGGUUAGCAGAGGGAGGGGAACAGGGCCAGCUACUUUCUCCAACCCCAAGAGUGGGACAUGGAAUAGAGAACUCUGGUCUACACAGUGUCCAUACAGUCACUGGAACUGUCUUCCCUCAGCCCAUCUCUGUCUGGGUCUCCUGCAUGGUGGAAGAGCCAUGUGUGCCUUCCUUGGCCCCCCAUUUCAGAUUUCCCCCAAGCUGUGUUAUGGAAAGCCUCCUUGGCAUUCUUAUGUGGAGAUGCUCUCCCUUGGCAGCCACAGCCAGGAGCUAAAGAAACGGGUGAAAGGCCGUUAGUGAGGCCUACUUGCCCGUGGCACGGCAGAAUGCCCUGGAGGGGCCUUCUGUUGGGAAACAGCCCUGUUCCCCAGGUACUGCCCUACUGUGAGGGCUUCCAUCGCUCUGGAAAAUAUGUUGCAGUUUCUCAGGGAACUUUCCAGAGCCCCAGAAGCUCUCUUUGGGAGGACAUGGAUGGAACAUUCUCUUUCUCAGCCCAGCUACCAACUAGGCACUUCACUGUAAGCAAGCUGUUUAACCUCUUGGAAUGCGGGUUUUCUCUGCUGUAGGCUGGGGAAAUGAUGCCUGUCCUACAGACCUUGCAGAGCUGUUCAGAGACCCAGAGGAGAUGAUGGAUGUGAACAUACUUUGUGAGCUACAAAGUACUGGCUACACCUGGAUGAUGGAUUUUGUUGUUCGUGAAGGAAGGGGGAGGCUCCCGGGUCUGUGCACUUCUGUCUGGAGAGAGGAGGGCCUUGCAUUCUUGUGUUAACUACAGGCUGGAGUCUUGUCCAUUUAAGGUAAUAACAAAAUAAUCCUAACAGAUUCUGAGAGGUGGCUUUCAGGCAGUGUGUCUGCUCAGGCCCACUGCUUCCCUUUCAGAAGGAACCGUGAGGCAGUGGUGGUGCUGGUGCAGGGGCAGGGGGUGGGGGGAGGUUGUGGCUGUGCUCAUUUUCUCCUCUCCCUCCCUGCUAGCUCUUAACCAACCCCCAGCCCUCCCCCCCACCCCAGCCUCCUCCUUAGUCUGAGUUCUGUCCGAAUCUGUGGCCUGUCUCAUCUGGGAGGCCUAACUCCCGGGAAGGGCAGAGGGAGGAGGACUGCUCCCACCAGCUGCCCAGUGGAGACCAGGAGGCCAGGGAAGCUAACAUUUCUAUUAGGACAGUGAGAAGGCAUUGCUGGUAUGGACUGGGCUGAAACAAAAGCUGUGAUGGGUGUGGACAUGGCUGCUGGGUAGUUUUUAGGCUUGGAGAACAAAGUUGUCCCAGACCUAGAGUCCCCUUGGGUUUUACUUCUGUGAGCAGGACUCCCAGUCACCAGGGGCACAGCCUCUCUGUGUGGGUGGCCAGUCCACUGUGAAAUGGGCUCCAAGCAGGGCAAGCACAGAGAGCCCUGUCUUCUUCCUGCAGGCCUUAGGAAGUGCCCAGGGAAUGAGGCACCGCAGUGCAUGCCUCUUGCCAUUAGAAUGAAAUUGUGUGUAAGGAGGGCACACGAUGUGAUGAGCACUGGGUGUUCUUCACAACUGAUGAAUCACUGACCUCUACAUCUGAAAUUAACGAUGUACUGUAUGUUGGCUAAUUGAAUUUAAAAAAACAAAUAAACAAAAAGAAUGAAAUUGUGUGGCAUUCCCAGACUCAGUUGCCUAUUCAUUUGUUUAGGUAGUAAAUACUCGAGCACUUGCAAAGUUCAAGGCACUAUAGGAAGUACAUUGGGGGUACAGCGGUGGUUACAAAGCACUUCCUAUCUUCAUGGAUUUUGUGAUCAAAUAAGGGUGGAGAGUCUUAUACAAGGAGCAAGUGAAAUGGAAUAUAAAGGGGAAGACCAGGGACGGCAGCUCAUUUUGUGGCGUUUGAAUAGACAUUGGGAAAAUCAGAGGAAGCCAUGGUGCUGGCAGGAAGAGCAGGAGCAAGGGCAGGGAGGUGGGAAACCAUGGGAUGUAUAGUCAUGUGGGAACAGAGAAGCUGGCAAGAAGGAGAGGGGUUGGCAGGGAAGGGGGACAAACACUUGAGCACCGCUCUCCCCUGAAUGCUCUACUAGAAAUGGCGCAUUCUUCCUUUCCUGAGAACCUCACAAUACUUCUGUGGGGCAAGUUCUCUUCUCUCCUUUUUGCAAGGAGGAAGCUGGGGCUUAGGGAGUUGGAGAAACUUGGUUGAGGCCAGGCAACUGUUAAAUGGUAGCAGAAUUUGAACCCAUGACUGUGUAACCCCAGAGCCUCUGCUAUCUCCGCUAUAACAGGAUCCCUGAAUGGACAUAGGGAGAAAGGGUUUGUGGCCUUUUUUUGCUCCUGUGGGCCUAGCAUUCUUGGGCAGGAGUGUCUGUGGUCCCUGUGGAGUGAGGGAGUGAAGCUCUGGGUUUUCUGGGCUGGUCUUAGAGUCCUGGAUGGCUGAGCUCCUGACUUCCUACCAUAGUCCCAUUAGGGGAGCCACUGGCCUCUGGUAUGGGAGGCAGGGGAAGCCAGGAUGGUGGGAGAUUCUGGAAUGAAAUUCAAGACAUGGCCUAGACUGUGGAUUUUCAUUCCCAAGUCCUCCUCUCACCUUGCCUCUUUGUGACAGCCCUCCCUGGCUUCCCUCCCCCUGCAUCUCUGACCUCCCCUUGGGCCCCUGCAGGCUAGGUCUGCACAAGGCGGCGGUGUUCUGCGCUUGUUCCUUUGUUGCUGUGAAACGGCUCCGCAACAGUCAGCCUCUGUGUGGGAGGACUGGUGGCUGUCUUCGCAGGCAGGCAUUUGCUCAGAGCAGGCUGCGCGCGAGCCCAGCGUCAAGUAAUUUCGGCCUUCUCGACUCGGAGCUGGUGGGAUGAGGCUCUGCUGAGGGACUGGCUGUGAAGGAUGACUUCAGGGUGGGAUGACGGACCGCUUCUGGGACCAGUGGUAUCUCUGGUAUCUCCGCUUGCUCCGGCUGCUGGAUCGAGGGUCUUUUCGGAAUGAUGGUUUGAAAGCUUCUGAUGUCCUUCCCAUCCUAAAGGAAAAAGUGGCCUUCGUGUCUGGGGGCCGUGAUAAGCGAGGCGGACCCAUCCUGACCUUCCCUGCCCGCAGCAAUCAUGACAGAAUAAGACAGGAAGACCUGCGGAAACUCGUGACCUAUUUGGCCAGUGUGCCAAGUGAGGACGUGUGCAAACGUGGCUUCACCGUCAUCAUCGACAUGCGGGGCUCCAAGUGGGACCUCAUCAAGCCCCUCCUCAAGACGCUGCAGGAAGCCUUUCCAGCCGAGAUCCAUGUGGCCCUCAUCAUCAAACCCGACAACUUCUGGCAGAAGCAGAAGACCAACUUUGGCAGCUCCAAAUUCAUCUUCGAGACAAGCAUGGUGUCCGUGGAGGGCCUCACGAAGCUGGUGGACCCCUCCCAGCUGACCGAGGAGUUCGAUGGCUCCCUGGACUACAACCACGAGGAGUGGAUCGAGCUGCGGCUCUCCCUGGAGGAGUUCUUCAACAGUGCUGUGCACCUGCUGUCCCGCCUCGAGGACCUGCAGGAGAUGCUGGCCCGGAAGGAGUUCCCUGUGGACGUGGAAGGCUCACGGCGGCUCAUCGACGAGCACACACAGCUCAAGAAGAAGGUGCUGAAGGCCCCCGUGGAGGAGCUGGACCGGGAGGGGCAGCGGCUGCUGCAGUGUAUCCGCUGCAGCGACGGGUUCUCGGGGCGCAACUGCAUCCCGGGCAGCGCCGACUUCCAGAGCCUAGUGCCCAAGAUCACCAGCCUCCUGGACAAGCUGCACUCCACCCGGCAGCACCUGCACCAGAUGUGGCACGUGCGCAAGCUCAAGCUGGACCAGUGCUUCCAGCUGCGGCUUUUCGAGCAGGAUGCCGAGAAGAUGUUUGACUGGAUAAGCCACAACAAGGAGUUAUUCCUCCAGAGCCAUACAGAGAUCGGUGUGAGCUACCAGCAUGCCCUAGACCUCCAGACGCAGCACAAUCACUUUGCCAUGAACUCCAUGAAUGCCUAUGUCAACAUCAACCGCAUCAUGUCUGUGGCUUCCCGCCUCUCUGAGGCCGGUCAUUAUGCCUCGCAGCAAAUCAAGCAGAUUUCCACCCAGCUGGACCAGGAGUGGAAGAGCUUCGCGGCCGCGCUGGAUGAGCGCAGCACCAUCCUCGCCAUGUCUGCGGUGUUCCACCAGAAGGCCGAGCAGUUCCUGUCGGGAGUGGACGCCUGGUGCAAGAUGUGCAGUGAGGGGGGCCUGCCCUCCGAGAUGCAGGACCUGGAGCUGGCCAUCCACCACCACCAGUCCUUGUAUGAGCAGGUGACCCAGGCCUACACAGAGGUCAGCCAGGAUGGCAAAGCUCUGCUGGAUGUGCUGCAGCGUCCCCUGAGCCCUGGGAACGCUGAGUCCCUCACGGCCACCGCCAACUACUCCAAGGCAGUGCACCAGGUGCUGGACGUGGUGCACGAGGUGCUGCACCACCAGCGGCGGCUUGAGAGCAUCUGGCAGCACCGCAAGGUGCGGCUUCACCAGCGGCUGCAGCUCUGCGUCUUCCAGCAGGACGUGCAGCAGGUGUUGGACUGGAUUGAAAACCACGGUGAGGCCUUUCUCAGCAAACACACCGGAGUUGGGAAGUCACUGCAUCGAGCCCGGGCCCUGCAGAAGAGGCACGAUGACUUUGAAGAGGUGGCUCAGAAUACCUACACCAAUGCAGACAAGCUCCUAGAAGCCGCAGAGCAGCUGGCUCAGACGGGGGAAUGUGACCCCGAGGAGAUCUACAAGGCAGCUCGACACCUGGAGGUACGCAUCCAGGACUUCGUGCGCAGGGUGGAACAGCGGAAGCUUCUCCUGGACAUGUCUGUCUCCUUCCACACACACACCAAAGAGUUGUGGACAUGGAUGGAAGACCUACAGAAGGAGAUGCUGGAGGACGUUUGUGCAGACUCAGUGGAUGCGGUCCAGGAACUGAUCAAGCAGUUCCAGCAACAGCAGACCGCCACUCUGGAUGCCACGCUCAAUGUCAUCAAGGAAGGCGAAGACCUUAUCCAGCAGCUCAGGUCAGCGCCUCCCUCCCUGGGGGAGCCCAGCGAGGCCAGGGACUCGGCUGUUUCCAACAACAAGACACCCCACAGCAGCUCUAUCAGCCACAUCGAGUCAGUCCUGCAGCAACUGGACGACGCCCAGGUGCAGAUGGAGGAGCUGUUCCACGAGCGCAAGAUCAAGCUGGACAUCUUCCUGCAGCUGCGCAUCUUCGAGCAGUACACCAUUGAGGUGACGGCGGAGCUGGACGCCUGGAAUGAGGACUUGCUCCGGCAGAUGAAUGACUUCAACACAGAGGAUCUGACGCUGGCCGAGCAGCGGCUGCAGCGCCACACGGAGCGGAAGCUAGCCAUGAACAACAUGACCUUCGAGGUCAUCCAGCAGGGGCAGGAUCUGCACCAGUACAUCAUGGAGGUCCAGGCCUCAGGAAUUGAGUUGAUCUGUGAGAAAGACAUUGAUCUGGCAGCCCAGGUGCAAGAGCUACUGGAGUUUCUCCAUGAGAAGCAACACGAAUUGGAGCUCAAUGCAGAGCAGACCCAUAAGCGGCUGGAGCAAUGCCUCCAACUGCGGCACCUGCAGGCCGAGGUCAAACAGGUCCUGGGAUGGAUCCGCAAUGGGGAGUCAAUGCUCAAUGCCAGCCUGGUCAAUGCCAGCUCUUUGUCCGAGGCAGAGCAGCUGCAGCGGGAACACGAGCAGUUCCAACUGGCAAUCGAGUCCCUCUUUCAUGCCACUUCCUUGCAGAAGACGCACCAGAGCGCCCUGCAGGUACAGCAGAAAGCUGAGGCACUGCUCCAGGCCGGCCACUAUGAUGCCGACGCCAUCCGGGAAUGUGCCGAGAAGGUGGCCCUCCACUGGCAGCAGCUCAUGCUGAAGAUGGAAGACCGGCUAAAACUAGUCAAUGCCUCUGUGGCAUUUUAUAAAACUUCUGAACAGGUCUGUAGUGUCCUGGAGAGUUUAGAACAAGAAUACCGGAGAGACGAGGACUGGUGUGGCGGACGAGAUAAACUGGGACCAGCAGCAGAGAUCGACCAUGUAAUUCCACUCAUCAGCAAACAUUUGGAACAAAAGGAGGCUUUUCUUAAGGCCUGUACCCUGGCACGGCGGAACGCGGAGGUUUUCCUCAAGUACAUCCACAGGAACAACGUCAGCAUGCCCAGCGCCGCCAGCCACACCCGGGGGCCUGAGCAGCAAGUGAAAGCCAUCUUGAGCGAGCUGUUACAGAGGGAGAACCGCGUCCUGCACUUCUGGACCCUGAAGAAGAGGCGGUUAGACCAGUGCCAGCAAUACGUGGUGUUUGAGCGCAGCGCGAAGCAGGCGCUGGACUGGAUCCAAGAAACAGGUGAAUAUUACCUCUCAACACAUACGUCCACUGGAGAGACCACAGAGGAGACUCAGGAGCUGCUGAAGGAAUAUGGGGAAUUCAGGGUGCCUGCCAAGCAAACAAAGGAGAAGGUGAAGCUUCUGAUUCAACUGGCUGAUAGCUUUGUGGAAAAAGGCCACAUUCAUGCCACAGAGAUCAGGAAAUGGGUGACUACAGUGGACAAGCAUUACAGAGACUUCUCCUUGAGGAUGGGAAAGUACCGAUACUCCCUGGAGAAAGCACUAGGCGUCAACACAGAGGACAAUAAGGACCUGGAGCUGGACAUCAUCCCAGCAAGCCUUUCAGAUCGUGAGGUCAAGCUACGGGACGCCAACCACGAAGUCAAUGAAGAGAAGCGGAAGUCAGCCCGGAAGAAAGAAUUCAUUAUGGCCGAGUUGCUGCAGACGGAGAAGGCAUAUGUAAGGGACUUACAUGAGUGCUUAGAGACCUACCUGUGGGAAAUGACCAGCGGCGUGGAGGAGAUCCCCCCUGGGAUCCUCAAUAAAGAGCACGUCAUCUUUGGCAACAUCCAGGAGAUCUACGAUUUUCAUAACAACAUCUUCCUCAAAGAGCUGGAGAAGUAUGAGCAGCUGCCUGAGGAUGUGGGACACUGCUUUGUUACCUGGGCAGACAAAUUUCAGAUGUACGUCACCUACUGUAAGAACAAGCCUGAUUCCAACCAGCUGAUCCUGGAGCACGCAGGCACCUUCUUUGAUGAGAUACAGCAGCGGCACGGUCUGGCCAACUCCAUCUCUUCCUACCUAAUCAAGCCCGUCCAGAGGAUCACCAAGUACCAGCUGCUCCUGAAGGAACUUUUAACUUGCUGUGAAGAAGGGAAGGGGGAGCUCAAGGAUGGCCUGGAGGUGAUGCUCAGUGUCCCAAAGAAAGCCAAUGAUGCCAUGCAUGUCAGCAUGCUGGAAGGGUUCGACGAGAACCUGGAUGUACAGGGAGAGCUGAUUCUCCAGGAUGCCUUCCAAGUGUGGGACCCAAAGUCGCUGAUCCGGAAGGGGCGGGAACGGCACUUGUUCCUCUUCGAGAUCUCUUUGGUUUUUAGCAAGGAGAUCAAAGACUCUUCAGGACACACGAAAUAUGUUUACAAGAACAAGCUACUGACCUCAGAGCUGGGUGUGACUGAGCACGUAGAAGGUGAUCCCUGCAAAUUCGCCUUGUGGUCUGGGCGCACCCCCUCCUCAGACAAUAAAACAGUGCUGAAAGCCUCCAACAUAGAAACCAAGCAGGAGUGGAUCAAGAACAUUCGAGAGGUGAUUCAAGAAAGGAUCAUUCACCUGAAAGGAGCUUUAAAGGAGCCAAUUCAGCUCCCCAAAACACCAGCCAAACAGAGGAACAAUAGUAAGAGGGAUGGAGUGGAGGAUGUUGACAGCCAGGGGGAUGGGAGCAGCCAGCCAGACACCAUCUCCAUCGCCUCCAGGACCUCUCAGAAUACAGUGGACAGUGACAAGCUCUCUGGCGGAUGUGAGUUGACCGUGGUCCUCCAGGACUUCAAUGCGGGCCACAGCAGCGAGCUGACCAUCCAGGUGGGCCAGACGGUGGAGCUGCUGGAGCGGCCCAGCGAGCGGCCGGGCUGGUGUCUGGUCCGCACCACGGAACGGAGCCCCCCCCAGGAGGGCCUGGUUCCCAGCAGCGCCCUGUGCAUCUCCCAUUCCCGAAGCAGCGUGGAGAUGGACUGCUUCUUCCCCUUGGUGAAAGAUGCAUACUCUCAUUCCUCAAGUGAAAACGGAGGCAAGUCUGAGUCGGUCGCCAACCUGCAGUCUCAGCCCUCCCUGAACUCCAUCCACAGCUCCCCCGGGCCCAAGCGUUCCACCAACACCCUUAAGAAGUGGCUGACCAGUCCCGUGCGCCGGCUCAACAGUGGGAAAGCAGAUGGAAACAUCAAGAAGCAGAAGAAAGUACGAGACGGCCGGAAGAGCUUCGACCUGGGAUCUCCCAAGCCUGGGGAUGAGACGACCCCUCAGGGAGACAGUGCCGAUGAGAAGAACAAGAAGGGUUGGGGCGAAGAUGAGCCAGAUGAAGAGUCGCACACCCCUCUCCCUCCUCCUAUGAAGAUCUUUGACAAUGACCCUCCACAGGACGAGAUGUCCUCCUCUUUGCUAGCAGCCCGGCAGGCUUCCACUGAAGUACCUUCUGCUGCAGACCUUGUCAGUGCAAUAGAACAAUUGGUCAAAAGCAAGCUGAGUCUAGAAGGAGGCUCAUACCGGGGAAGCUUGAAAGACCCUGUAGGCUGCCUGAAUGAGGGGAUGACCCCACCCACACCUCCUAGAAACCUGGAAGAAGAACAGAAAGCCAAGGCCCUGAGAGGCCGGAUGUUUGUCCUGAAUGAGCUGGUACAGACAGAAAAAGACUAUGUCAAGGAUCUGGGGAUUGUGGUGGAGGGCUUCAUGAAGAGAAUAGAAGAAAAGGGUGUCCCUGAGGACAUGCGAGGGAAGGAUAAAAUUGUGUUUGGAAAUAUUCACCAGAUUUACGACUGGCAUAAGGAUUUUUUCCUGGCCGAACUGGAAAAAUGUAUCCAGGAGCAAGACAGACUGGCACAGCUCUUCAUUAAGCACGAGCGGAAGCUGCACAUCUACGUGUGGUACUGCCAGAACAAGCCGCGCUCCGAGUACAUCGUCGCCGAGUACGACGCUUACUUCGAAGAGGUGAAACAGGAGAUAAAUCAAAGACUGACGCUUAGCGACUUCCUUAUCAAGCCCAUUCAGAGAAUCACAAAAUAUCAGCUGCUCCUCAAGGACUUCCUGAGAUACAGUGAGAAGGCUGGUUUGGAGUGUUCUGAUAUCGAGAAAGCCGUGGAGUUAAUGUGCCUUGUUCCAAAACGCUGCAAUGACAUGAUGAAUCUGGGACGCCUGCAGGGCUUUGAGGGCACCCUGACUGCCCAGGGGAAGCUGCUACAGCAGGACACAUUCUAUGUGAUUGAGCUGGAUGCAGGCAUGCAGUCCCGGACCAAGGAGAGGCGUGUGUUCCUCUUUGAGCAAAUCGUCAUCUUCAGUGAACUGCUAAGGAAGGGAUCCCUGACCCCAGGCUACAUGUUCAAAAGGAGCAUCAAGAUGAAUUACUUGGUCCUGGAGGAGAACGUGGACAAUGACCCCUGCAAGUUUGCACUCAUGAAUAGAGAGACGUCUGAGAGGGUCAUUCUGCAAGCCGCCAAUGCGGACAUCCAGCAGGCCUGGGUGCAGGACAUCAAUCAAGUCUUAGAAACACAACGAGACUUCUUAAAUGCCCUACAGUCGCCCAUUGAGUAUCAGCGGAAAGAAAGGAGCACAGCUGUGAUGAGGUCCCAGCCGUCCAGGGUUCCCCAAGCCAGCCCCAGGCCCUACUCCUCUGUCCCCACGGGCUCUGAGAAGCCCCCAAAGGGCUCCAGCUAUAACCCACCUCUGCCAUCCCUGAAGAUAUCUACCUCCAAUGGCAGUCCAGGGUUUGACUACCACCAGCCUGGGGACAAGUUUGAGGCCAGCAAGCAGGGCGACCUGGGAGGCUGCAACGGGACCUCAUCCAUGGCUGUGAUCAAAGAUUACUAUGCACUGAAGGAGAACGAAAUCUGUGUGAGCCAAGGUGAGGUGGUCCAGGUCCUCGCCGUCAACCAGCAGGACAUGUGCCUGGUGUACCAGCCUGCCAGCGAGCGUUCCCCCGCGGCUGAGGGCUGGGUCCCGGGCAGCGUUCUGGCGCCCCUCCCCAAAGCCACGGCGGCAGCAGAAAAUAGUGACGGAAGCAUCAAGAAGUCAUGUUCAUGGCAUACUCUACGAAUGAGAAAGCGGGCGGAAGUGGAGAACACGGGUAAAAAUGAAGCCACAGGGCCUCGUAAACCCAAGGAUAUUCUGGGCAACAAAGUCUCUGUUAAAGAGACGAACAGUUCCGAGGAGUCAGAGUGUGACGAUCUUGACCCUAAUACUAGCAUGGAGAUCUUAAAUCCAAAUUUCAUCCAAGAAGUGGCCCCAGAAUUCCUUGUGCCCUUAGUGGAUGUGACCUGCUUGCUUGGGGACACGGUGACAUUGCAGUGCAAAGUCUGUGGGCGACCAAAGCCCACCAUUACCUGGAAGGGUCCAGACCAGAACAUCCUUGACACGGACAACAGCUCGGCCACAUACACGGUCUCCUCCUGUGAUUCAGGGGAAAUCACCCUGAAGAUCUGCAAUCUGAUGCCCCAAGACAGUGGGAUUUACACCUGCAUAGCAACAAAUGACCACGGCACCACAUCUGCGUCUGCUACAGUUAAAGUGCAAGGUGUUCCAGCGGCCCCUAACCGCCCCAUCGCCCAGGAGAGAAGCUGCACCUCCGUGAUCCUGCGCUGGCUGCCUCCCUCCAGCACGGGAAACUGCACCAUUUCUGGUUACACAGUGGAGUACAGAGAGGAAGGUUCCCAGACCUGGCAGCAGUCGGUGGCUUCGACCUUGGACACUUACCUCGUCAUCGAGGACCUCAGUCCUGGGAGUCCUUAUCAGUUCAGAGUCAGCGCCAGUAACCCCUGGGGGAUCAGCCUUCCCAGCGAGCCCUCGGAGUUUGUGCGACUCCCCGAGUACGAUGCUGCUGCUGAUGGUGCCACCAUUUCCUGGAAGGAAAACUUUGAUUCAGCUUAUACUGAGCUGAAUGAAAUUGGAAGAGGCCGCUUCUCCAUAGUGAAGAAGUGCAUUCACAAAGCUACGCGCAAGGAUGUCGCCGUGAAGUUUGUCAGCAAAAAAAUGAAGAAAAAAGAGCAGGCUGCCCAUGAGGCUGCCCUGCUCCAGCACCUGCAACACCCCCAGUACAUCACUCUCCACGACACCUACGAGUCCCCCACGUCCUACAUCCUGAUUCUGGAACUGAUGGACGACGGCCGACUCUUAGACUACCUUAUGAAUCAUGACGAGCUGAUGGAAGAGAAGGUCGCUUUCUACAUCCGGGACAUCAUGGAAGCCCUGCAGUACCUGCACAACUGCAGGGUGGCUCAUCUGGACAUAAAGCCCGAAAACCUGCUCAUUGACCUACGCAUCCCAGUGCCUCGGGUGAAGCUCAUCGACCUGGAGGAUGCCGUCCAGAUCUCGGGGCACUUCCACAUCCACCACCUGCUGGGGAACCCCGAGUUCGCCGCCCCGGAAGUGAUCCAAGGCAUCCCCGUCUCCCUGGGCACAGACAUCUGGAGCAUCGGGGUUCUGACGUACGUCAUGCUCAGUGGGGUGUCCCCCUUCUUGGACGAGAGUAAGGAGGAGACCUGUAUCAACGUGUGCAGGGUGGACUUCAGCUUCCCGCACGAGUACUUCUGCGGCGUGAGCAACGCUGCCAGAGACUUCAUCAACGUGAUCCUGCAGGAAGACUUCCGCAGGAGGCCCACAGCAGCCACGUGCCUGCAGCACCCCUGGCUGCAGCCCCACAACGGCAGCUACUCCAAGGUCCCCCUGGACACCUCCCGCCUGGCAUGCUUCAUAGAGCGCCGCAAGCACCAGAACGACGUGCGGCCUGUCCCCAAUGUCAAGAGCUACAUUGUCAACCGGGUCAACCAAGGGACGUAG